CUGUAGUUUACGUCAAACAUGGAGGAGGAUCGUCUCUUUGAUGAAAGAAUUUCUAUUCGGGAAUCUGCUAGACCCUUAAAAAAAUAUGGGAGUACAUGCAAUCACAUGAAAAGGAAUGAAGAAUAUAUCAAGCAUGUCAUGUCUAAAGGCGAUACGUUACAAGGAAUUGCACUAAAGUACGGUGUUACUAUGGAGAAGAUAAGACGUGCGAAUCGAUUAUUCGCAUCGGACAGUUUGUUCUUGCGAGAAUAUUUACUGAUUCCUGUUACUAAGGAUUCUCCAUUUUACGAGAAUGGUGAGAGAGUGACUGAUAUAGCGCCUCCAAACCACCGAGCGUCGAUUGCGGGCAUGCCUACACGAGACUUCUCCCCUGGCAGCCCGGAUGAAAAGGAAUCGUUUGACAAUUUCCUGAACAGAUUAGACUCAUCUAUUGCAACAAUAAAAAAACAUGUUGAAAAAACCAAGGAAAAUAGCGACUUCGUCAAGGGUUUCGAAGAUGACUUCGUCCGGCACAGACCGACCGCGCGUUUGCGGCAGUCUGCGUCCAUGGGUGCAUCUACCUCUUACAAUGAGGUGAUCCCGCCGCCUCUACCGCCGCCGCCGUCAGCACUGACACAUGGGCGAAGGGUGGACAGCUCCCUGAAGCGACUCGAGAGGGCACACGAUGAUCUGUUCCAGUUGUAGCGCCCGAGACAGCGCAGAUAUGCGCGUUUCCAAUAACUACGUCGCGACGUUAGAACGUGCGUGCUUCGCGCCGCAGUACGACGUCUAGUAAUAUAUAGAUAAUGCUCUGAUCUGUAAUAUACAUUGAUGUUCUAUAAAUAAUUAGACUCACAAUUGCAUAUUAUAAGGCGGUUAAAUGUGCGAGCAGCGUAGUGCAAAAAAUUUAUACAAAAGAACACCUUAUUUCGAGGUAAUAAUGUUCAAAGUCGCUUGUAUACGUUCAUGAGAAAACUCUGCCUGAUAAACGCGUUAGCAGAGUUAUGCUCUGGACAAAUUUUGAACGUGAUUGUGAGUCUAGUUUUAUUAUAUAUCAAUGGAUUAUAAAUGAUACCUGGGCGGGUUAUAUUGAAUCUUGCUCUAAUGUUCUAUUUAAUAUAUUAUUUUUUAAUUAUAAUUAACAAAUGGAUAAGUUUCUUGCCGAAAUAUUUUUUAGUGUUUUGCAAUGUAAAAAUUUAUAUUCUGUUAUUUUGUAUCACAGUUAUUUAGAUAGCAUCAAUAAUGUGUAAAAUAUAAAAUUAAUUGUUAACAGCUAUACUAUCCAACUAAGAAUAGGAUAUAUAUGUCAUAUAUUAUAUGUUAAUUCAAACCAAUCAUUAUAUACUAGCUGUGCUCUGCGGUUUUACCCGCAGUGCUCCACUUCUGUUGGUCUUAGCGGGAUUAUAUAUAGCCUUCCUCGAUAAAAGGGCUAUCUAACACCGAAAGAAUUUCAAAUCGGACCAGUAGUUCCUGAGAUAUGCUUUGCAAUAACUUGACAUUUAAAUGUGAUGUAAGCCCAGGGCAUAAAGAUAAAAUAAGACUUCAACUAUUUGCAAAAAGAUAAAUCGUAUUUUUCAAGUGUCACAUGAAAAGUCUUAUUCUUAGUUGGAUACCAUAGUCCAUAUUAUAAGACCUCUGUUACUAAAUAAUGAGUAAGUAUGAUUAUUAUCUGCCUUAAUUAGCGGCAUUAUACAGGUCUUUUCUAUAUUCUAGUAAAAUAUAAAUAAUCUACAUCAAAUUAUUAUUUUUUAAAUCCUUAAACUUCGAAAUGUUCAAGCGACAUGUACUCAGAAGGUGAAUAUUAACCGUCUCAUAUUUUUCAUAACGAAAGAAAGAGACGGAUAUAAUAUUUGCUACCUUCAUUUGUCACUUGAACAUUGUGAGGCACUUACCAUAUUUAGGGCCGAUCUUUCAAUCCUUGGUUGGCAUUUAUCCGUCCAAUAAAGUAUUACACGAACAUUUUAAAAUGUCACCUGUAAACUGUCAAAUACGGACAACUAGAAUACAUUUUUGAAAUGGUAGUUUAAUACGUUAUUCGAUGAAUAAGUUUUAACCAAAGAUUGAAAAAUCAGCCCUUAAAGACAUGUCUACAAAUUAAGUGUUAUUUAAAUUAAUUUUAGUUUUAUGGCAAUCAAAUGCUUUAUGAAUGAAACAAUACAACAAAAAAGGAAUUUCUUUUCCUUCUACAUUGCUAAUUUUCUUUUCCCUCCCAGGUAAUCCUAUAAGAGUACUUUUAGUAAAGUGUAUAUUCGAAACAUCAUUUUCAUAUAAAACAAAAUAAUUAAUAUGUAAGACGUAUGAUAUAAAAAUGUACUAAGUGUCAAUACGGGAUUGCCUAUUUGUGUUAUUCUGGAACAUUUUAGAAGUAACAAUCAUUGCAAUAUAUUAUGUUGUCAUUGUUUGAACUAAUUGCAUAUUAUAAUAAUUAAUGUAUAAAGCAUAUGCAUAAUUCAUUAUUUUAAUAAAUAUUUAAGGUCAUUUCCUGUAUUGUUUAUUAUUAAUUAUAAUUAUUUAAUCGUCAGCAAAGGAGGACUAAAAUAACUACAUCGAUAUAUAUUUUUGACUAUUUUUAAUUACGAAUUGAACACUCCUUUCUUUAGUCCUAUUGUUAGGACUUAAAUAAACUAAAAAAUACAGUAAAAUCUCCAUUGAUUUUCAUGGUAGAAGAGAGAGAAUUUUAAAUUACUUAUAAAUUUAUAAUUUUAAUGUUAAUACGUAAUUUUUAAUUCAAACUAAAUCAACAGAAAAAGAUGAUUGCGUGCGUUGUGAUACAAUAUCAUAAUUUGGCUUUAAUGUUUUUUUCAUAAUUCAGUAUUUAUAAUGUUCAGUAAAUGUAUACGAGACAAUCUUCAAUCUAUAAGGGUCAACUUAAACCAAAAGAGCGGCGAAGCGGAGCGCAGUUUCAGAGCCAUAUGAAUUUUAACUUCAUUUUCAUUACUAUAAUUAUACUUAUUAUCGCAUGAGAAACUCGAACGAGUCGCGCGGAUUCCGUGGAAUUCCAGCGGCGCCGCGGGCUCGAGUUUCUCAGGCGAUAAUAAGUUUUAUAGUAAUGACAAUAAAGUUAAAAUUCAUAUGACACGGAAACUGCGCUCCGCUUCGCUGCGCUUCGCCGCUCUUUUGGUGUGAGUUGACCCUAAAGGUUACCCUUGAAAGAAUAUAUUUUAAUUUGUAACAUAUACCAAAUAACGUAAUUAUAUUAAAAAAUGCGUGUAUGCCGAGUACACGUGUCAGGAGUGAAACUUCUUUGGCAAGAUUCAAAGAUAACAAAAUCGUCGCCUUACUCCAUGACGUGACGGUAUGAAAUUUUACUCUCAACGCGCCUAAAGAAGUUUCACUUCAAAAAAUGUUUUUUUAUAGAUGAAGUAUCUAAUAAACAUGU